UCACCUUCGGUUGUGUUUGUGGCUAGUCGAAGACAGACCCGUCCACAGAACUAACCAGCCAGACCCCUUGUCCAUCAAAGCAGACACGUCCUCCAGGCGAACGGAAGAACAACAGGCUAUAGCCCUCCAACCCCUAAGGACUGACAUCUCCUUGCAAGUUCUGCACAAGCUGUAGCGCCCCCCAUGGCUGUGGAGGAGCUGGGCAUCACCCUGUCCAUGGUGGGCCUGGCAGGUACCAUCCUGAUCUGUGCCCUGCCCAUGUGGAAGGUUACAGCGUUCAUCGGCACCCACCUGGUGGUCAUGCAGGUGUUCUGGGAGGGCCUGUGGAUGACCUGUGUGUCUGAAACCACGGGACAGAUGCAGUGUAAAAUCUAUGAUGCUCUUCUAGACCUGUCCCCUGACCUCCAGGCGGCCAGGGGCCUCAUCGUCAUCAGCAUGGUACUGGGCUGCCUGGCAUUCCUCGUCUUCCUUCUGGGGGCUAGGUGUACCAACUGCCUGAGCCAUCCCAAAUUCAAAGCCAGCAUGGUGCAGGCCGCAGGGGUCACCUUCGCCCUGGCUGGGUUAAGCAUCAUAGUGGCUGUGUCCUGGACGGCCCAGUCAAUCAUUAGGGACUUCUAUAACCCGCGGGUCCCUGAGGUGCUCAAGAAAGAGAUGGGGGCGGCCAUCUAUGUGGGCUGGGUGACCUCUGGGUUCCUGUUCUGUGGAGGAGGGGUGCUGUGUACCAGCUGUCCUCCAGGGGGGAGAGAGGGCAGGCAUGGUUCCAGCAGUAGGUACACCCUGGCUAGGAUGCCCACUCACAGUCACAGCAGCUACGCCAUAAAGAACUAUGUGUGAGAGAGGAGUGCUUUAUUUGCCUUUUAAUUUCAGGCAAAUAGUGUUGGCAGGUGUUGGCACUAUGAAGAAACAUGUCACAGCAAGUUUUUCAAUGACAACAUUGUUAUUUUGUACAUUGAAUGUCCAUGUCUGGUUAUUCAGUGUAUUGUCUGACUUUCAUAGAUUUAGAAUUGCCCUGGAACUAUUUGAUAGCUUGGUGGAAGUUUAAAAAAAAUAAGAUAAUGUUAAUUGAUUCUUGUUACAAAAUAAGUCUGACUUAGGUAAUUGUAGCUAUUAAAAUGUUCACUCUAUCACCAUGAAAUAUGUUUACUGAGGAAAUAUCUGUUAUUGAAAUAUAAUCACUGAAAAUCAAUAGGUUACUAAUAUUGACAGUACAACUACGUCAACUGAAUGCACCUGAUUGUUUUUAUAUCCCUGUAUUGUAAUUCACAUAUUUUCAUUUUUCCACAUCCUAUUCAACUGUGGUUACUACUUAUCAUGUGUUUUUGUAACAAUGUUUAUCACAGUUAAUUUUGUGAUUGGAAUCUGCAUGCUAAGAGAAUAGAGGCAGUACUUUAGUGGGCAACAAAUCAUGUUCGUUGAAUGAUUUGCGAUUUGAACCUAAUAGAAAUAAACA